GUUUUUUAUCUUCCGCAUAAGCAGUCAAUCAUUGUUGUGAAUUAUUACAAGUCAGCAAAUCAUUUUCAAAAUGAGCAGACAAGAAGUAGAAAAUUUGAAACUUAUGUUUGAACGACCAACUGAGCCCGUCUUCGUACCGAAAGGUGAUCGAAAAGCAACAUUUAAAGUGCCUAAUACUUAUUUAUCCAGCCGAUACAAGCCACUCGGGCCAGCUUUACAAACCCGUUUUGGUGAAGAGGCCGAAGAACAAAUAAAUGUGAACAAAAUUAGUUUACCAAACACUCGCCAAUUUGAAGAGCUAGGACGACGUGAACCGUUUUCGGUAUUCCUUCCAUUCCAUCGUGAACUAGCUGCAAACUUAAUUACUCUUAUGAUGGGCAUGAAAAGUGUUUCGGAUUUAACAUCAUUAUGUUGUUAUGUUCGCGAUCGAAUUAAUCCGUUCUUGUUUAACUACGCUUUGAGUGUUGCCAUGUUACAUCGUCCUGAUACCCAAGGUACGGACAUACCGAAUUUUGCUGAGUCAUUCCCGGAAAAAUUCGUAGAUGGUGCUGUAUUUAGUAAUGCCCGUGAAGAGGCUGCUAUAGUUCCAGAAGGAUCACGAAUGCCAAUUGAACUUCCCCGUGAUUAUUCUGCAAGUGAUUUGGAACCAGAAAAUCGUAUAGCAUACUUUCGAGAAGAUUUGGGUGUUAAUUUACAUCAUUGGCAUUGGCAUUUAGUGUACCCGAUCGAAGGACCACGUGAAAUUGUAGCAAAGGACAGGCGUGGAGAAUUAUUUUAUUAUAUGCAUCAACAAAUUGUUGCCAGAUACGAUAUUGAACGUUUAUGUAACAAAUUACCACGCGUGCUGCCAUUAGCAGACUUGAAACAACCUAUGAAAGAGGCAUAUUUCCCGAAAUUGGACAGUUUAGUAGCAAGUCGCGCAUGGCCUGCACGAAGUCCUAACAUGGUUUGUAAAGACUUAAAUCGACCCGCUAAUCGUUUGAAGCAAGAUUUAGAUGAUAUGACUCGUUGGACUGAUCGACUUCAUGAAGCUAUUAAUUCUGGUUUUAUUAGAUUGGAAAAUGGUUCUCAACAAACACUUAAUGCUCCCAAUGGAUUGGAUGAAGGUAUUGAUGUACUUGGAAAUUUACUUGAAGCUAACAUUUUGUCACUUAACAGACCUUACUAUGGAAAUUUACAUAAUAUGGGUCACAUUUUUAUUGGUUAUGUUCAUGAUCCGGAUCAUAGAUAUUUGGAAAACUUUUCACCUAUGAAUGAUAGUGCAAUUAAUAUGCGUGAUCCAAUAUUUUAUCGUUGGCAUAAAUUUAUUGACGAUGUUUUCCAUAAGUAUAAAUCCACAAUUCCAAGAUAUACAGUUCAGCAAUUGGAAUAUCAACCAGUCAGAAUUUCUAGUACGAAUAUUGAAGUAGCCGGUGGGCCAACGAACACAUUACAAACAUUCUGGCAACAGAGUGAUCUUGAUUUAUCACGUGGUAUGGACUUUGCUCCUCGUGGACCAAUUCGAGUACGAUUUACCCAUCUUCAACACUCAGAUUUUAAUUAUCGCAUUCAAGCAAACAACUCUUCUCGAAACGCAAUUCAAGGAACUUGUCGUAUAUUUUUGGCUCCAAAUAAUGACGAACGUGGUCUUCCAAUUCCAUUCACCGAACAUCGUAAAUUAUUCAUUGAACUCGAUAGAUUUAUUGUUACAUUGAAUCCAGGAAGUAACGAAAUUGUUCGACGAUCAACUGAUUCAUCCGUAACAAUUCCAUUUGAGCGUACGUUCCGUAACUUAGAUUUAAAUCGUCCAGUAGGUGCUAAUGAAUUGGAACAAUUUAAUUUCUGUGGUUGUGGUUGGCCUCAACAUAUGUUAAUUCCAAAAGGUACAGCAGAAGGUUAUCCAUGCACUUUAUUCGUCAUGAUUUCGAAUAUUGAAGGCGAUUUGAUUGACCAAGAUUUAAGCGGACAAUGUUCAGAUUCAUCAAGUUUUUGUGGAAUAAAGGAUCGCUUGUAUCCAGAUCGUCGUUCAAUGGGUUAUCCAUUUGAUCGUGAACCGCGAACUGGUGUUAAUACACUACGUGAAUUCCUUACACCAAAUAUGAUGACGCAAAAUGUUACUAUUCGAUUCACUGAUCGUACAGUGGUUCGUGGGUCUGGAUCAACGGCUUAGAAAUUUUGACGAAAGUAACAAUGAUAACUUCAUUGUGUAUGAAUAUUUCAUAACAUGAAUUUAAUUGUAUUAUUAUU